AUGGCCACAGUAGACGAGCAGCAGCCGCUGCUCAGACCAAUUGUCGAAGAUGCUGAGGCGGACAUAAAGCAUGACGAGGUGAUCUUGGACUUCGAGAAGGGCGAUGUUGAGAACCCCCGGGAAUGGGACUCGAAGUUCAAGUGGUUCAUUGUUUUCCUUCUUGCGUUCAUGGCGUUUACUGUAACAUUCACUUGCAUCGGCGUCGUCCCGAUUGCAGCAAGCAUAGUCGAUGAACUCGAAGGCGAGCAUGGUGGCGCAUCAACCACCGCUCUACUGGUCACGAUCUGGGAACUCGGCGAAGCAGCGGGUCCUCUACUCAUUGCACCGCUGUCAGAAGUCUUUGGUCGUUACCCCGUGAUGAACGGCUGCAACAUUAUCUUCAUCAUCGCCACCCUCCUCGCCGCUGGCAGCAAAAGUACUCAUCUCCUGAUUGCCGCCCGCUGGCUCACCGGAUUCGCCGUCGCCUCCAACGUGCUCAACCCCAGCAUCAUCGGUGAUAUCUUCGACUCUGACCAGCGCGGCUCCGCAAUGAGCCUGAUCUCACUCGCACCCUUGAUUGGCGGUGCAGUUGGUCCCGCAAUCGCAGGCGCCAUCGCGCAAACUCUCGGCUGGCGACAAGUGCUUCUGAUGGCCGCAGGCCUGGCCGUCAUCGCAGAGAUCCUCUUCCUGACUUGCUUCCGCGAGACGUACAAGAUGGCUAUCCUGCACAGUCGCAUCGCGCGUAUCAAGCGCGAAAGCGGCGAGUUCAAAUCAGAGGUCGCGGUACCGAGGAACCGCAACGAAGACCUCCUCAAGAUCUGGCACGCGCUCACGCGCCCCUUCGCAGUGCUCUUCGGGAGCAGCGUGCUCAUGGCCCUCUCGCUCCAAGCCUCGGUUUCAUUCUCAUUCUUCUACGUAAUGAGCAUCAGCCUCCCGUCCAUCCUGCAAGAAACCUACGGCUUCAACCCCGCAGAAACAGGCGCGGCCUUUAUCAUCUUCAGCAUCGGCUCGCUCCUAUCGGUACUGCUGUGCAACUCCUUCCUUGACCGCAUAUACAUCCGCCUACGCAACCGCUCCGCGCAGCCCGAUACAGGCAAACCCGAGUACAGGCUGCCGCUCGCGGUCCUUGGUGCGGUGCUGCUGCCCUUCAGCGUCACGGCGUAUGGGUGGACUGCGCACCUAGCGCUCCCCGUGCCUUUGCUGCUCGCGUCCGUCGCGCUGCUGGAUUUCGCGCUGCUGACGAACAUCAUACCGCUGCAGGCUUACGUCGUGGACGCGUGCGGACUGUACUCUGCGUCUGCGAUGACGGGCGUGAUUGUCACGCGCUGUUUGAUGGGCACGUUUCUGCCUCUGGCGACGGAGCCGCUACAUCAGGUUCUGGGGUAUGGGUGGGGCUUCACUGUGCUUGGUGGCCUUGCGGCAGCGGUCGCGGUUGUGCCGGUCGCGGUAUUCAGGUAUGGGGGUGAGUGGAGGCAGCGGAGUGAGUACACGAGGGAUGCGUGA